AUGACGAUCGAGCGUCCGUCAAUUCUCAAAACAAAAGAUACGUUUGGGGCAAUAUCAGACAAGUCCACUCAGAUAACGAGGCUCGCUUCGACGAUGGAGGUUACCACUCUAAGAAAUCUCUCCUUCCGAAGCGGCACCGACAAGGGGCACAACGACCACGUGAGAAAGCUGUUCACACUUCGAGGGAAAGAAAUCAAGACGCUGGCGGAUAUCUUCCGCGCGCCGGAACCAGCCUUUAUUGCGAUCGGACGUGACGAAGUUACCAAUUCAAUUCUCGCCACCGCUAUUCAAGAGCUGAACCCAACAUCUUCGGGCGCAAUCAAAGCCGCAGAAAAGCACUGGGGUCAAAAAAUCACCAACCCUACUCGAGACAUGAGAGUCACAAGAAUGACGAACCAUUUGGUCCCUCCAGUCAAUUCCAGAGCGCCGAAGAAAUUCACCAGUCCUGGGAGAAGCGAAUCUCCUCGGAAAUCCAGGUCACAGGCAAAACUUCAAAACCAGAAACAAGCCAAAUCGCAGGAUAUCUUCACCGUCAGUCCUGAUGUUUAUAGCACAAAGCUGACUGAGUUGGAUCGUAGAAGUCAGGAAACUCUACGGCGUCUAGAAGCUCAUAUCAGAACCCGCGAACUUGAGCUCAAAGAAAAGCAAGAAGAGGAGCUCAAUAACAUUAAAAAGAGUCUGCUAGAUGUGAUGAAGGAAAAGGAGGGCAGUUAUUAUCAACGGAAAAAUGAAAUAAUGAAAUACGGAUUUUCAAGUUGA